GAGCAUACGAUCGAGAGAUCAUCAACCAGAUCUUUAGCUGUUCUGUGUGUCUUUGGCCAUCGUCAUUGCUAGCUAGCUCAGGGGGGCUGGGCAUGGCUCCUCGACCUUGGUUGUCACCACUGGCUUUGCCUCUUGGUCCCAGCGUCGCCUUGUUGGUGCUUGCUUGUUGCUGCGUUGCUGAAGCUUCGAUCGUGGAGCACACCUUCAAUGUCGGAAACCUUUCCGUGAGCCAGCUUUGCCAGCCGCCGCGGGUCAUCACGGCGGUGAACGGGCAGCUCCCAGGCCCGGCCAUCCAUGCCCGCGAGGGAGACACUGUGGUCGUCCACCUCGUCAACCAGUCGCCCUACAACAUCACAAUCCACUGGCACGGCAUAUUCCAGCGCGGCACGCCGUGGGCGGACGGCCCGGCGAUGGUGACGCAGUGUCCGGUCAAGCCGGGCGGCAACUACACGUACCGCUUCAACGCGACGGCGCAGGAGGGGACGCUGUGGUGGCACGCCCACAUCUCCUUCCUCCGCGCCACCGUGUACGGCGCGCUGGUCCUCCGCCCCCGCGCCGGCGCCGACGCCUACCCGUUCCCCAAGCCGCACGCCGAGGAGACCGUCGUCCUCGGCGAGUGGUGGAACGACAACGUCUACGACCUCCAGCAGAUGGCGUUCCUCACCGGGCUCCCGGCGCGCAGCGCCGACGCGUACACCAUCAACGGCAAGCCUGGAGACCUGUACAACUGCUCCGACGGGAACCAGACGUACCGGUUCCAGGUGCGGAGCAACGAGACGUACCUGCUGCGGAUCAUCAACGCCGCGCUCAACACGCCCCUGUUCUUCAAGGUGGCGAACCACAGCUUCACCGUGGUGGGCGCCGACGCGGCCUACACGACGCCGUACGAGACGGACGUGGUGGUGGUGGCGCCGGGGCAGACCGUGGACGCGCUCAUGGUGGCCGCGCGCGCCGGCGGCCGCUACUACAUGGCGGCGUCGCCCUACGACAGCGCCAUCCCGCAGGGGCCACCGUUCAGCGACACCACGGCGACGGCCGUGGUCGAGUACCUCGGCUCGGACACGGACCCCACCACGCCGCCGACGCUGCCGCCGCGGCCGGAGGUCAACGACACGGCCACGGCGUUCCGGUUCCUGUCCAACCUGACGGCGCUGGUGCGGCCGGGGCAGCCGACGGUGCCGCUGUCCGUGGACACGCGCAUGUUCGUCACCGUCGGGCUCGGCGUCUCCGACUGCCAGCCGACGCAGCUGCUCUGCAACCGCAGCGCCACCGUCUUCUCCUCCAGCAUGAACAACGCCUCCUUCGUGCUCCCCGCCCCCGGCAAGCCGUCCAUGCUGCAGGCCCACUACGGCGGCGACGGCGAGACGGCGGGGGUGUACACCCGCGACUUCCCCGACCGCCCGCCGCUCGUCUUCGACUACACCGCCGACGCCAGCGACACCGCCGCGCUGCAGUACACGGCCAAGUCCACCAGGGUGAGGACGCUCCGGUUCAACCAGACGGUGGAGAUGGUGCUGCAGAACACGCGGCUGAUCGCCAGGGAGAGCCACCCCAUGCACCUCCACGGCUUCAACUUCUACGUGCUCGCGCAGGGGUUUGGCAACUACGACGAGGCCACGGCCACGCCCCGCUUCAACCUCGUCAACCCGCAGGAGCGCAACACCGUCGCCGUCCCCACCGGCGGCUGGGCUGUCAUCCGCUUCCUGGCAAACAACCCUGGGAUGUGGUUCAUGCACUGCCACUUCGACAACCAUCUUGAUCUGGGCCUGGCCAUGGUGUUUGAAGUACCGGACGGGCCCACGCCGGAAACGUCGGUGCCGCCGCCUCCAGCAGACCUACCACAGUGCUAGCCAUCGUCGAUCCACAGCCAACCGUGAUUGUUUGGAUUCACCAUGCAAUUGCGUGCGGAAGAACCUUAAUUAGCUUGGCGUGCUAUAUUACUAUAUACGAUGCGAUUUAAAUUUAACUAUUGUUUGUCUGUUAUAUAUAUAGGUCGUGGUCGACUGGUAGACUCGCAUACUUGUAUUUGCAUAGAUAUAUGUUUGUUCCAAUGCGUCAGAAGCUUGGACAGUAUGUUUCAGUAAUCACAUUUGAUUAUAUUUAUUUGGAGACAAUUGCAUAUCUGGGACUAUAAAUAUAACGUUUCACAGUAAUGCCAUCUAAAACAAUUGCUUCGCAGAAACAGGAUUACAAACAUAUACUGAUUGAUUAAUCCGCCAUUUUUCAUAUUUGCUUGGUUUUUCUAAUUCGUGUCCAUGUAUUUGUGGUCUAGGAAACACUUUUGCCCCUCAAGCAACAAACAAGCAGAGAAGUACUGAUUGGGCAAAGCGUAUUUGGUUGGCUUUGACAGCGAGCGGCGGCGACUCCCAUGAGCGGCGGUGUGGGAUGAUGAUCGCGCGGCCGUGGACAAAGGCGCGCAUCUCAACUUCCCCGGCUGCAUCGACUGGUUG